AUGGUGAAACCUGCGUAUGAGCACAAUAAGAAUAAAUACUUUCGGUUUCACCAGGACCACGAUCAUGAUACUAAAGAGUGCAGACAGCUGAAGUACAAGAUAGAGGCCCUUAUACAAAGGGGACACCUGGGCCGGUUUGUCAAGAAAGAGGGAAGCGAUAGAAGAACGGAUUUUCAUACUCGGGAACCAGAGGGAAGACAAAGAUCACCCGCCAGGGUCGAUAAGGAAGAACAAACUCGAGGUAAGCCCCACGCAGAGAAUGCGCCCUUGAGAGAAAUAACCACCAUAUAUGGAGGACCGGGCAUGGGAGGAGAAACCUCCAACUCCCGAAAACAUCAUACUCGGAAUGUGCUCCACACCGAGAUGUCAAAUAAAAGGAGGAGGACAGAUCAUUGUAUAACCUUCUCCAACAAAGAUCUGGUUGACAUUCAAUCCCCUCAUGAUGAUGCGUUGGUGAUCAAGAUGAUUAUUGCCAACUGCACGGUAGCGAGAAUCCUUGUGGACAACGGGAGUUCAGCUGAUAUUCUGUACUAUGAUGCAUUCGAGAAAAUGUUACUGAAACCUGAGAUGCUGAAGAGAGUGGAAUCUACCCUGUAUGGGUUCAGUGGCGCCCCAAUACAGGUUAAAGGAUCAAUCGAGCUGCUCGUGACUGUGGGGACAGAGCCCAAGCUUGCUAUGAUGAAGAUGAACUUUUUGGCGGUGAAGGUGAAUUCCACGCACAAUGGAAUAUUGGGGCGGCCAGGACUCAAUGCACUACAGACGGUGGUUUCGACCCCACAUUUGAUGAUGAAAUUCCCAACUGACCUUGAGAUAGGAAAGUGCAGGGGAAGUCAAUGUUGA